AUGUAUUGUUCAUCGUCAGAUAUGCCUAAUUUCUUGCCUCUAUUCAAGACUUGUGCGUCAUUAAGCUCUUUUGACUGCGAUUCGAGUCAUUCUACGAAGAGAUUUGGAGAUGAGUUGUUAUUGUCGAGUCCGACAAGAAGCCAGCAAUUUUCAAAUCCAAACAAAAGAAUUGUCAUAGGAGACGAUUCCUGGUUGAGAAGAGGAGUGUCGAUUUCGAGUGAAACCAGCAGUCCUGAAAGAUAAUUUGAAAGAUAAGAAUUUUUCAGUUCAUUCAGAGUUCCAGUUAAUUUCUGCGAAGAGCAAGAGGGAUCCAAUAGAAUAUAGCACUUUGAAAAGGAUGCUGUUAAUUAUAUAAACCCAGAAACUUUAUAUAAAAAUGCUAAUGAUAUUACAUUGUUUGAUUGUCGUUACAAAUUUGAGUUUGAGGGUGGUCACAUCCAAGGUGCAACUCAUCUUUGCAACCCCUUCGAGAUAGAGUCUAUAUUUUUUAAAUAAAUUCCUACCGUAAAACCAGUAAUUGUGCUAUACUGUGAAUUCUCCGAAAAGAGAAGUGUCUAAAUUUAUAAACAAAUACGAAACACCGAUCGCAACCUGAACGACUAUCCCAGGCUACAUUACCCCGACCUCUACAUUCUGAACAAGGGAUUUUCAAACUACAGUCUAGAAUACCCUUCUUAAGUUGAGGGUAAGUACGUCCGAAUGGAUUCAAAGGAGUACUCCACUCAAUAUAAAGAAUAAAAAUCUUAGACUGACAAUCAAUGGAAUUCAUUAAAAUUGAAAAAAAGACUAUAAAAAAUAAAUAUAUGA